AUGCCCCAUCAAAAUAUAACCAUCUUCCAUCCAUCCACCUUUUUUCUUUUAGGCAUCCCAGGGCUUGAGACUGCCCAUGCCUGGAUUUCAUUGCCAUUCUGUUGUAUUUACUUUAUGGCUCUUAUUGGCAAUGUCACAAUCUUGACAGUCAUAUGGACAGAAAGAACCCUCCGGAAUCCAAUGUUCUUCUUUCUUGCCAUUCUAUCAGCCAUAGACCUGGCCCUCUCUACAACCUCAGUGCCACGAAUGUUGGGUAUCUUUUGGUUUAAUGCUCAUGAAAUUGGCUUUGGAACUUGUGUGGCCCAGAUGUUUCUCAUACACACCUUCACUGGAAUGGAAUCUGCUGUUCUGCUGGCUAUGGCCUUUGACCGCUAUGUAGCCAUCUGUGACCCCCUCCACUAUACAACUAUCCUGACAGUCCGAGUGUUGUCAGGAAUUGGAGUAGGGGUUGCCCUGAGUGCAGUCGUGCUCACACUGCCCAUGAUCUACCUAAUCCACCGUCUACCCUUUUGCAAUGCCCGCAUUAUUGCCCACACCUACUGUGAGCACAUGGGCAUUGCCAAGUUGGCUUGUGCCAACAUUCAAAUCAAUGCUAUCUAUGGUCUCUUUGUUGCUUCCUUCCUUGUUCUUGUCCUGGUACUUGUUGGAAUCUCCUAUGGCUACAUCCUCCAUGCUGUAUUCCGCCUCAAAUCGCAAGAGGCCCGCCACAAGACGCUGAGCACGUGCAGUUCUCAUGCUGCAGUCAUGUUUGUUUUCUAUACACCCUCUCUUUUCUCCUUUCUCACUCACAGAUUUGGCCAAAAAAUACCCUCUUAUGUCCACAUUCUUGUUGCCAACAUCUAUGUGGUCCUUCCACCAGCCCUCAACCCUAUCAUCUAUGGGGUAAGGACCAAGCAAAUCAGAGAGUGUGUGAGCCAAGUAUUUAUUGGGAAAUAA